AUCGAGAGGAUCGAGAACCGGCGGGUCCCGAAGACGGAGGCCAUUCAACUCUCGUCAUGUUCCGCCAAACGCUGUUGGGCCGGCUGCCGUCCCGAAUGUUGCCCCUCGUGGCCGCAGCCCUCCUCGAAAGGAAGGAAAGGAAAGAAACUGGCCUCUAUCACUGGCGGCGUGAAAAGUACCCUUAUUACAAUCUCACUGUAAAAGUCCUCAGAGCCAGGAACAUUAAAGGAACAGAUUUGUUGUCCAAAGCUGACUGUUAUGUGGAAUUGCAUCUGCCAACUGCAUCACCUGUUAUUUACCGAACUCGAGUUAUUGACAACUCCAGUGAUCCAGAAUGGAAUGAAACUUUUCAGUACAGGAUACACGACGCAAUCAAAAACACUCUUGAACUGACUCUGUUUGAUAAAGAUGUUCUUAUAAGUGAUGAGCUUACGUCCGUCGUGUUUGAUGUUACAGGGAUUCAGGCCGGCCAUUCACUGAAAAAUACUUUCAAGCUAAAAGAGGAUAAGGAAGAAUUGGAUGUAGAAUUUUUUAUGAAGAAAAGUUCUGAUCCUCCUGGUGAAAUUAUCACAAAUGGGGUCCUGGUGGCUUAUCCUUGCCUUUACUUGCAAGGGAGAAUUAACAAUGACCAGAAUCCAAAGAUAAGAGAACAAGGUAGCAGUCAGUUCAGGCUUUCACUUCCUGGAUCUUAUGAGAAACAGUUAAGUGAGGCAUGCAAGCCAAACUCCGAUCAGGCCUGUGGGAUCCCAUUUGUCUUUCACAUAGGCAAACAGAUGUGCUCAGAAUUGAGUGUGGAGCUGGAAAGAAAAAUUACAGUCCUCCAGGAUGGAGUGAGUCCUGAAUUGGAAGAGCACAGUACUGUUCUUGGAUCAGGGACUAUUCCAUUGAAUUUACUGCCUCUGGGAAAGGAAGUUGAUAUAACUGUACCACUUGGAAAGGAUUUAAGUGUGGAUCUCAAAGUGAAAGCUGAAGAAAUCACCAAAGAUCUUGAUGUACGUCUUGGUUUUGAUCUUUGUAAAGAAGAGAGAGAAUUUUUGGAAAAAAGAAAGAAAAUCGUAUCUAAGGGACUAAACAGCAUACUCAAAUUGAGAGGGGAUCUCAGUAACAAUGAGGUACCUGUUGUAGCAGUCCUCGGAUCUGGGGGAGGGGUAAGAGCACUAUCAUCAUUUUAUGGAAGUUUGCUUGGUCUUCAGCAGCUAAAUCUUCUGGAUUCUAUUACAUAUCUUUCUGGAAUUUCUGGUUCUACAUGGUGUUUAUCGGUAUUGUAUCAAGACCCCGAAUGGUCACAGAAGGAUCUUAAGUGUCCAAUCAGCAAUGCCCAGGAUAAAAUAUCCAGCAGUAAAGUAGCAGCUUUUUCCUCAGAGCAUAUGAAGUACUAUUUCCAGGAAUUGAAUGCUAUGGAAAAUGAUGGGCGGAAAGUAUCUUUCACCGAUCUGUGGGGCCUUAUUAUUGAGUACUUCCUGCAACAGAAGGAAGACCAGUCAAAAUUGUCUGAUCAACAGGAAGCUGUAAAAUAUGGGCAGAAUCCCUACCCAAUCUACGCAGCUGUAAAUGUGAGGCCCAAUGUUCGUGGUGAUGACUUUGCAGAGUGGUGUGAGUUCACACCAUAUGAAGUUGGAUUCCGCAAAUAUGGUGCUUUUAUUCGAACAGAAGAUUUUGAUAGUGAGUUUUUCAUGGGACGGCUGAUUAAGAAGCAUCCUGAGCCCAGGAUCUGCUAUUUGCAGGGGAUGUGGGGAAGUGCUUUUGCUGCUAGUUUGGACGAUGUCUUUUUGAAGGUAGUUGGCACAGGAUUCAGCUUCCUGGAAACAUUGGGAGAUGUAGUCAAAGUAAUCGAUGACAGUCGACGAUUCCAUUUCCGGGAUCCUAUGAGGUUGAAGACACGUCUGGUUAUACCAGGUGGACCCUUACUACAGAUUUUCCAGGACUUCUUCAAAUCUCGUAUAACUGCUGGUGAAACAUUUAAUUUCAUGCAAGGUUUAUACCUCCACAGAGAUUAUACCAGCCUCAAAAAGUUUGUCAUCUCAAAAGAAACACACUUAGAUGCUUUUCCUAACAUGUUGACUCCAAUGGAAGAGAAUCUUUACUUAGUAGACGGUGGUUUUUCUAUCAAUUCUCCCUUUCCAUUGAUAAUUCAGCCAGAAAGAGACGUUGAUGUGAUUUUAUCAUUUAAUUAUUCUUGGGAAGCACCAUUUGAGAUCUUGGAGUUAACUGAAAAAUACUGUAGAGAACGAGACAUCCCUUUUCCAAAAAUAAUUUUUAAUAAAGAAGAUGAAGAAAGUCCUAAGGAAUGUUACCUGUUUAUGGAUGCUGAGAACCCAAAGGCUCCCAUAGUACUUCACUUCCCUCUGGUUAAUGAUACAUUCCGUAAAUACAAAAUGCCAGGAAUAGAACGUGAAUCAGAAGAGGAAAAGACUUUUGCUGAUUUUCAAAUUGAAGGAAAAGAUUCACCAUACAGGACAUUCAACUUUACCUACACAUCUGAUGAAUUUGACCGAUUAGUACAGUUGAAUUGCUAUAAUGUCCUUAACAAUAUGGAUGCUAUUUUGAAAGCAUUAAGAUUGGGUUUAAGCAAACGAAACAAAAAGCAGGACCUUCGUGCUUCUUUGAAAACUUACUGUGAAUGA